CAUGUUCGGUUCAGGAAGACGGGUUAGCAGUGAGGUGGGGAAGAGAAAUCAUCACUUAGCCCGCUGCUAGCUGCUGCCUCCUGUAGCCGAAGUGUUAUGAGCGAAGUAGCCAAAAUCAGUAGAUUGUUUUACUCUCGAUAGGUGCAACGAUGACCCUCUGACACCAAGAAUGGACAUAAGUUAACAAUGACGGGGGAGAAAAAGAAGAAAAAGCGGCUGAACCGCAGCAUUCUUCUUGCAAAGAAAAUUAUAAUAAAAGAUGGAGGAAGUCCUCAGGGAAUCGGUGAGCCCAGUGUGUACCAUGCUGUGGUGGUCAUCUUCCUGGAGUUCUUCGCAUGGGGUCUCCUUACCACCCCGAUGCUCACGGUUUUACACCAGACAUUCCCCCAGCACACAUUCCUGAUGAAUGGGCUCAUCCAUGGUGUCAAGGGCCUAUUAUCUUUUCUAAGUGCUCCGCUGAUCGGAGCACUGUCAGACGUAUGGGGUCGCAAGUCUUUCCUGCUGCUAACGGUCUUCUUCACGUGUGCGCCCAUCCCACUGAUGAAGAUCAGCCCAUGGUGGUACUUUGCAGUCAUCUCCAUGUCUGGCGUUUUUGCCGUCACCUUCUCUGUGAUUUUUGCGUAUGUGGCAGAUAUCACGCAGGAGCAUGAGAGGAGCACAGCAUACGGUUUGGUAUCAGCUACCUUUGCAGCCAGCCUGGUCACCAGCCCGGCCAUCGGAGCGUACCUGUCUGUGACUUACGGUGACACCUUGGUGGUGAUCCUGGCCACAGCCAUAGCCCUGCUCGACAUCUGCUUCAUCCUGGUGGCCGUACCGGAGUCACUGCCAGAGAAGAUGAGGCCAGCGUCAUGGGGAGCACCCAUCUCCUGGGAGCAAGCAGACCCCUUCGCUUCUCUGCGUAAGGUGGGCCAGGACUCCACAGUGCUCCUCAUCUGCAUCACAGUGUUUCUCUCCUACCUCCCAGAGGCCGGCCAGUACUCCAGUUUCUUCCUCUAUCUCAGACAGGUCAUAGGCUUCACCUCAGAGACAGUUGCUGCCUUUAUCGCUGUGGUGGGGAUCCUGUCAAUACUAGCACAGACGGUGGUGCUGGGUAUCUUGAUGCGCUCAAUAGGGAACAAAAACACGAUCCUGCUCGGCCUCGGCUUCCAAAUCCUCCAGCUGGCGUGGUACGGCUUCGGCUCCCAGCCCUGGAUGAUGUGGGCAGCUGGAGCAGUUGCAGCCAUGUCCAGCAUCACCUUCCCUGCUAUCAGCGCCAUUGUGUCUCGCAAUGCUGACCCCGACCAACAAGGUGUCGUGCAGGGGAUGAUCACUGGAAUCCGGGGCCUCUGUAAUGGCCUGGGCCCUGCUCUUUAUGGUUUUGUGUUUUACCUGUUCCACGUGGAGCUGACUGACACCGACGGCAACGACAAAGGUGCCAAACCCAACAUGGCCAACCCCACCGAUGAGAGUGCCAUCAUCCCAGGUCCCCCCUUCCUGUUUGGAGCAUGCUCAGUGUUGUUGUCUCUGCUGGUGGCCCUGUUUAUCCCGGAGCACACAGGGCCCGGCGUGCGGCCCGGCGCCUAUAAGAAGCACAGCAACGGGGCACAGAGUCACUCUCACAGUCCUCAAGGCAGCGGGGCUGAGGGCAAGGAGCCGCUGCUGGAGGACAGCAGCGUAUAACCUCAGCUUAGGGGGGGGAGACACCUUUGCUCCAACCCAAAAGCUCCUGCACAUGUGGACAGAUGCACACAAUUUGGACACGCUCUCGCCUCAGGCACACAUCUGACUCGAGUGCCGUGAAGAGGUGUUUGUGUCCACAGCACAAACGUGGCCACUCCUACCUUAGCAGCCCUUUUCUUUUUUUAAAGCAGGGUAUUGUGAGGACUCUCUGAAGACCCUGUAUGAAGAGAGUGUGUUGAGUGUUUUUCAGGCUGCAGUGGAAAGGUGUGUGUGGCUUGGCUGAGCUGGACUCUAAUCCUUGGUUUCCAUAAAGCAGUAACAGAGUGGAGUAUGCAGCAGGUUGCCCCCCACCUGGUGUUAAAAAGAACAAAGUGAUUUGGUUUAGAGUGUGAGCGGGGUUUAUCUCAAACGUUACUAAAUCCCUGUGUGAUUCUUCAUAGUCCUCUGUAGCCAGUGAAGUGGCAACUUUGCCUGUUUGUCCAAUGAGAGUGUAACACUUAGUUGCGCACUUCUUCGAUGGUUUUUUGAAGCUAACAACUGUCCAGAUGCUUGUCGCUGCUACUACAGCUCUGUUAAGCAUUGAUGAAGGGAACACAACACAGAUCUCAGACCUGUGAGGGGAGACUCAGACCAAGAGGCGCUGCCUGAUUGAGGUUAGGAUGGGUUGACCGGGUAUCAGACUUCAUGAGACCACAUUUUGUUCAAACCCCACACUUCUUACAGAGAGAAGUGUGCAGAGAGACCACUUUAUGAGCAGAAACUCUUUUUCAAUGUUUACUUGCCAUUCUCUAGAUACGUAGUACAGUUUGGGUUGUAUAUUUUUUCUGUUCAGACUGAAGGCUAGUUGUGCUUCAAGUUCUUAUUCAAGAAACAAAUGUUGCCUCCAAGUGACUUAAUAUAUAUAUAUAUAUAAAUGUAUAUAUAUUAAUUACGUAACCUGUAUGAAGACCGAGGUCUGAGAAGGCUCUGUAAUCUUACGCUAUUGCUCCCAUCGGAGCUGUUACACACUUUUUAUUCCCUUUUGUUUUCAUGCCCUUCCUGUUGCUUUGUUUCCUGACAUUUAUCACCAUCAGGGUUAAGGCUCACAGAACCAUGGUUUUAUUUUGAAAAGCCUCCGGACUAUUAUUUGAAGCUAGAGCAUUGCUAUCAGCAGGUCAGUGUGUGCGCUGACUGUUAAUACCACGUCUUUGAAUUAAUAUCACCAGGUUAUCACUCAUGCUGCUGCAGGAGAUCAUUCAAAGGUUAGGUGUGAUAUAAUGUGAUACAUUUAUAAGCUUACAUUCUGUUAUUAACUCACGCACAGUCUCAUAUUUAGCAGUCUUUAGAUUCUCUGCAGUGUAAGCUGCAGCCCACGUCACCUUUUGGAAAGUAGCUGCAACAGUCAGAACACAGUCUAUCGCCCCCUUCAGGCAAGAACGGUGAAACUGUCUCAGUUUUAUUGGAUGCUGCAGCUUAAAUUUUUCUUAACACUUUAUUGCAAUAUCACUGUGAUGAAGUAAAGAGAUGGUAUCAUUAAGUGCUACUUAAAGAUCAUGGUUCAAUUUGAUCUAUCAUCUAAGCAGGAAUAGAAAAGCGCUCCUGUCCUAAUCAAUCAAUGCUUUGAUCCAAAACAAAGAGUAAACAUUAUAAAACUAACAUAAAUUAAGCAAUAGAUUCAAAAACUAAGACUUGUAGGUUUCAUCUCUCUCUCUUUCCUCCAUUAGGUAUUAAAUCUCUGGUUUUUAAAAAUCGAGCAAAACUUAAUGAGUGUAAGGACUUGAUCUGCACAUUAUCAACAACCUGUCCUUUCCAGAGCUGCAGUAUCUGUUGCUUUUCUUGCCUGUUGGUGGCGCAGGUUGGACAUGACCUGCAGGUCUUCAACUGUUGCAGCUUCAUCGCUGGGUAAUUUUGAUGGCACCUGUUUAACUGUGGUGCUUUGCAUCAGUGACUGUGUGUUCCCUUUUGUUCACACACUGCUUCAGCGACUAGUAAAUUUCCCCUCGUUGUGAUUUUUAACAGUUAAUUUAUAAAUGCCCUCAAGUGCAUUUAAAUAGCCCAAACACAAGCUGAUAGGGAAACGUAGCUGAAAGUGGGUUUUAUGUUGUUUAACACCUAUCUGAAGAAUUAUAUGCGUCAUACAUUUUGUGCCAAAAUUUGUUUUGGUUUGUUUUUUCAUACUGUGUGUGUGUAUGUGUGCUUGCGCAAUUGAGUGAUUUUGUUAUUGUUGUUAUUUUUUGUUAUUAUGUUUUCUCUUGUCUUAAUUUCUCUGGCUAAAGAUUUAAGUUUUAAUGCUUUUUGUUUUAAUAGUUUUUUUGUUUUUUUUUAAACCUCAUCCAGUCACCUUCAGAAUCUUUUCAACAUCGUGGCUAGAUGGUUAAACUCUCGAAUGUCCAUCUGUCUGUUUUUCAUCUAGGUCUUCAUUUUAUAACAAGCAUUUCACAGUGGUUAGUUACAUCUGAUAAGCUAAUUUUCCCCAGAUUUAUCAAUAGAUUAUAACAAAAGUCCCUGAAUGUUCCAAGCCAAGCUGUAAAUGUUGACCACACUAUACCCUCAGCAUUUUGACUAAACCGGUCAUGUUGUUAAAAUUCUUUCUGAGGGGGAGUUACUAGACGGGAGGCCAUCUGUGUUGAUUUAUUCUCUGAAUAUCUUUUUUUUUAUUAUCAGUUAUUGGACCAACACAUUGGUAAACCCAAAAAUUAAAAUUGGUAAGAUUCUGCACCAGCCCCAUGUGUACUCGUACAGCUUCCAAGACUGUAAAUGUACAAAAGAAUCACCUGUACGUACAGUAAAUGUAUAUAUUUAUUGCUCAAGGAGAAGGCCACUUCUUGGUCUAUUCGGUUGUAUGGUGCAGUUAUUAUUAUAUAUUUCUCAAGACUUACCUGCUAGCCACUCCUGUUUUUAGUACAAUGUGGUUUGUGGCCUGAACCCCCUCUCUGUGUGCCUAAAAUUAGCCAAGAAAUGAGUAUGGCAACAUAAGUAAAUGGUGGUUAUUAUGUAAAUAUGGGAAACUAAUGACAAACUAUUUAUUAAAGGUUUAUUGUACAAUGAAA